GGCGCGGCUGAGCGGAAGUGGCGCUGGGUGGGGGAGGCGGCGGCGAUGGCGGAGAAGUUCGACUCCCUGGAGGAGCACCUGGAGAAGUUCGUGGAGAACAUCAGGCAGCUCGGCAUCAUCGUCAGCGACUUCCAGCCCAGCAGCCAGACGGGGCUCAAUCAGAAAUUGAAUUUCAUGGUGACGGGCUUGCAGGAUAUCGACAAAUGCCGGCAGCAGCUUCACGAUAUCAGCGUGCCCUUGGAGGUUUUUGAAUACAUCGAUCAAGGCCGCAACCCUCAGCUUUACACUAAAGAGUGUCUGGAGCGAGCUUUGGCUAAAAAUGAGCAGGUGAAAGGGAAAAUUGACACUAUGAAGAAAUUUAAAAGCCUGUUAAUUCAAGAGCUGACAAAGGUGUUCCCAGAAGAUAUGGCAAAGUACAAAGCUAUUAGAGGAGAAGAUCCUCCUCCUUAAGUUGGCCUUUGAUAGCUCUAAAAACAUCUCAUAAACUGACACCAUGUU